AUGUGUUUCUGGACUGAAAUUGUUGUUGGCUCCACUCUUUUGGUGCUAGUUAUAGAUUUAGCAACAUCUGGUAGAGGAGGAAUUGGAACUUUCAUUGGUAUAUGUGCAGUAAGUGGUGCAUUUGGAAUAGCAGAUGCUCAUGUCCAAGGUGGAAUGGUGGGAGACCUUUCAUAUAUGCAUCCUGAGUUGCUUCAGUCUUUCCUUGCUGGUGGAGCAGCAUCAGGUGCAUUAACUUCUGCUUUGAGGUUAGUUACAAAAGCUGCAUUUGAGAACUCCAAAGAUGGUCUUCGCAAAGGAGCAUUUCUGUUCUUUGCCAUAACAACAUUCUUUGAGCUUCUUUGUGUCAUUCUCUACGCGUUUGUGUUUCCCAAAGUACCAAUUGUGAAGUAUUACCGAUCAAAAGCAGCAUCAGAAGGAGCAAAAACUGUUUCAGCUGAUCUUGCAGCCGCUGGCAUCCAGACCUCAUCUGUAGUCCACUUUUUCUUUUCUUUUCUUUUCAAUUCCAACAUGGUUUUAAAUUGCAGUUGCUACCGCAAUCAGUGCUACAUCAGCAAUGUCAUUUCAUUUUAA